AUGAAGCCCAAAGACUCGACCCGUUGGGUUGAGGUAGCGAAGGAUUUGACAGAACCACACGUCACCCUUCCCACCGACAACAUGAAGGAGUUCACAGACUACGAGUUCCGAGUCACGGCGAAGAAUAAGGCGGGUGCAAGCAAGCCUUCGGAGCCGUCGAACGCUAUUCAACUCGGUGUUCCACUGGAAUUUAUUCGUGAAUUGCCCACUGUGAGUAUCACUUCUGCUCCAACUCAACCAAUUGUUCUUGAAUGUGAGCUGUCCAGGAAGCCAAGAGGUGGUGUUAAGUGGCUGAAGAAUGGCAAGUCGCUGCCUUCUCGUCUGCCUUCCACUAUCACUAUUGAUGAAAAGAGUGGAUCGACAGUUCACUCCAUUACUAUCUCCAUGGUAACUGAUGAAGUCUUGGGCGAAUAUACCGUUCAAGCUGAAAGUAUUUCAACAACAGGAAAGCUUGAUAUGCAAGUCGCUCCGACUCUUCGCUUGUCGCAUAACUUCGAGGACACUAUUGUCAUGAAGGCUGGUUCUUCAACUGUGGUAGAAAUACCUUUCGUUGCAAGUCCUAAGCCCACUGUAAAUUGGUCUUGGAAACCAGCAAAAGAAGGAUCUCAGGAAACCGCACCUCGUUUCAUACCGGACGUAGUUGCUGGUCUUACCUCUCUACCGAUUGGCAAAGUUAAAGGAGAAGAUGCCGGUGAUUAUUCUGUUAAAAUUUCAAACGAACUUGGUGACGUCUCUACGACGAUUCAUCUACUUGUCUUGGACAAACCAUCUCCUCCUAAAAACCCCGAAGUAACCGAGAAUACUGGCGAUCGGGUAGUGUUCAACUGGGAAGAACCGGAAUUCAAGGGCGAUAAACCUGGCACUGUGCUUGAAUAUGUCGUCGAAAUGAGGGAAUCCUUGAUGAGGGUGGCUAGUCCAGUCACCACCACUAAGGAAUUAUCAACUCCUAUUGAAUCUCUCAAGAUUGACAAGACCUACAUCUUUUCCGUUGCGGCCAAAAAUUCUGUCGGUCAAUCCGACUUUGUCGAAGCGAAACCUGUGUCUACAAAGCUCGACUUCGGUCCGCCUGCUCAGCCCAACAAUGUUAAGGCGGUCGUUGAACCAAGAUCGAGCACUCCCGAUAAACAGACAGUCAAAUUAACUUGGGAUUUGCCGUCUGAUGCUAUGCCUUCAAAGGCAACCCCAGAAUUCAUCAUCGAAAUGAAACCCAAGGACAGUACAAGGUGGCAGGAGGUUGAAUUACCCUUCAAGGUAACAGAUAAUGCGUGUGAUUUCCCUGCAAAGAAAAUGAAAGAAAACGUUGACUAUGAGUUUCGUGUAACUGCUAAGAACAAAGCUGGAAAGAGCAAACCAUCUGAACCGUCGAACGCUGUUCAAGUUGGAACGCCACUGGAAUUCAUUCGUGAACUGCCUAACUUGAAUAUCACUUCACCUCCUCUGGAACCAAUUGUCCUUGAAUGUGAACUUUCGAAGCGUCCCAAGGAGAUCUUGAAAUGGUUUAAGAAUGGCAAACCACUGCCGUCUCGCCUUCCACCCCAUAUUUCUCUUGGAGAUGAUAAAGGACAGACGGUCCAUCAUAUCACAUUCACUAACUUGACCGAUGAUGAUAUUGGUGAAUACGUGGCGAAAGUUGAGAAUGUAUCCAGUGUCGGUAGCAUUGACAUUAAACGUAAGCUACUCUUAUUUUUGGAAUGA